AUGAAACUCAAGGAGAAGAAGGCCAUAGUGAGGGCAUUUCUUACAUCACACUAUUGGAUCUGUUCCGGGAGUGACAAGGCAGUCGUGCCAUGGAGCACCAUCAUACAAAGUCACAAUGACUUUGUGGCAAGGAAGUAUGUUCCAGUGGAUGUGGACUUGAAGGAGCCUUCCAAGUUGCAAAAUUGGGACACUAUGGCCUUACUCAAUUUCUGGCAUGCUCAGCAGGAGAAAGGCGAAGGACCAACAUUCCCGUUCAAAGCAUGGAAGAACAAAGAUGGAGACAUGAAAGCAGAUGAUCCGAAGGCCUUGGAAUUCGUCAACCAACACCGAGAGCAAUCCUGGGAGUAA